AUCGCCUUCCUGGGUGGCCCCGAUCGCUCAGUUUGUGGAUGAGCAGUGCAUCAUCUUCGAGGAUCAGGAGGAGAACAAGUUGGAGUACACCGAGUGCCACAAUGAGUUUCGGCAGCUCAUAGACAACCUCCUGGCGGCGCAUCUGCUGGAACUGGACGUCACCAACGAACAGUUCGAGCAGUUCUGCCAGACGGGUCUGUCUACGAAUUCGGCGCUGCACCGUGUCCUGGUGGAGCAGCUCUUAGCAGUGGACGACUUCCUCAUCUUCAAGGCCAUGAUGACAAAGCGGAAUGCUGAUCUUUACCGAGAGGCCCAAAGACGCGUGGAUGCUGGCCAGCUCGACGAGGAGGAUUUUCAAGAGACUACCGUGGUCGAUGAUGAGGAGGAAGUCCUCGGUGGCAUUGGGCAGAUGACUGUGGAAGCUUCCCUAGUUGCGGACGAGUGGAAGCUUUACGAGGACCUAUGGGGAAACUAG